UCAUGGUGUAAACAAAACAAAGCAAGCUGCAGCUGAUUUCAAUUGAUGUAAUCGUUUUCUAUUGAGUGUGAAAAUAUUGUUUGAAAUACUCGCUUUUCAAUGAAAAAAUCCGUCGAGCAGGACAAACCCAAAGCUGCUCGUAAUAAAAAUCGAAGAAAGUACAAACGCAAGAAGAAUGCCAAGCAAGCAAAACGAGCCAUCGAAAAGGGCCUGCAGUCGGGGGAGGAAUGCUUUGUCGGGCAGAACAGGGCAGCAUCGGUUCCCAACAACAACCCCAACUUUAACCACCGCACAGUGCCACAUCAUCCUCGAAUGAAAAACGCUCAAAAUAUCUGGAUCAAAACGUAUCAGAAUAUCAUAAAGUGGCACAGCCAGCAUCAGAUGAACUACUGGAAGCAGCACGCGUUGAAGCUACGUGUGGAGAAUGCACGCCUCAAACGGCGUCUCACGGUGCAAGACUCGGAGGAUGAAGACGAUGAAGCAGAAGUUCGUGAGGCGCAACAAAGCCAGCAGCAGGACGAGGACCAGGAGGACGAGGCCCUGGACGAGGAGUUUAUCGCGUUCAUGGAGGUGUCCGCCAGACAUCGCCUGGAACGGAGGAGGCUGAAAAACGAAAGUGUUCAUUAAUUAGAUUUAUGAAUAAAUUAAGGUAGAUUAAAUAUUUCGAGGCA